CUCUCUGCAGUGAAGGGAAGCGACAAGGUAGGCUGUCAUUCUGCACAAGCUGCCCAGAACAAGAUUUCCUAAGCAGCAAAGCUGCUCCUCUUCAGAACGGCUGAACCUCUGUGUUGUGUCUCUGGAGACAAGAAGCCUUCAGUAUGUUAAAUUACUUUCAUUAUGCAUUUGCAAAUGCUUAUUGAUUCUACAGGGCGAAGUGGGGGACUGCAGCAAGCUCUAAGAGCAGCACUACAGGCUGUGUGCAUGAACAAAACGCUGAAACAAUGGCACAGCACAAGCACAAAUUUUCCAUAAGGUCUUAUUUUGGAGAGAUGCUUUUCACCCUCUUCCCCCUCUACUCUGCUAACAAGUGAAAACAAAAGCAAAAGCAAAAACAAAAACAAUGAAUCCCUCCAACCUGGAACUGCUCCACCACCUUCGGGAAUUUAUUCAAUCCUCAGUAGAGCACCUAAUACAGUUUUGUUACUGAAAAGAUGAAGAACACAAUUGCUUGGGGAUCUUCAUAGCACUUCGUCUUACAAGCUUCAGGAUGGGCUUAUAAUACAUAUGUUUAAACAUAAAGGAUUGAGAAAAAAAUGAUGGUUCACAUUUCCCCUCAAAUGAUAUAUAAUUCAUUUGCAUAAAUGGAAGACUAAAAAGAUAUUUGCUAAAUAACAGAGGAUUUAUUCAAUGGCUUGUUGCUAAAGCAAAAUGGUAAGCAUCCUCUACAAAUGGAUUUAUAAAACAAAACUGGAACUAUGGAUAUGGCUAAUGAAUGAAGAAACUGCAAAAUUCUUCCCUGACAGAAUGUCUGGAUAACACCAGCAAACCAAAAUUAGGAUCCAUGGAAGUUUAAAUACCUCUAUAAAGUGUUAUUUCGGUCUUUUGGUACAGUUACUGAAGUUCAAGGAAACUGCCACAAACAAGCUGAUACAGAUAAAGGCUCCAAAGGAAAACACAGGAAAUGGAUUAAUAAAAUACACUUAUUUAUGUGGCAAACUUGUGAGUCCAGACUAAGGAUCAAGAAUAUCACCAAAAUCAGUGUACAACUGCUACAACAGGAGAUCUAAUGGUUCUUGAAGUCAGUUAACUAAUAUUGAUUUUCAUUUUGUUAUUAAAAAUGGUGCCAAACAACACAGAAGGAAUGAGACGUGAUGAACAACUUACAGAAUUGUUGCUAUUGAUGGAUGGCUUUAAAAAUAAAAAUAAUUCAUAUACAUUGGACUCUGGUCUCUGGAAACAUAUCAGACAAACAAAUAUCGUUAUUUAAUUUGCUGCUGAAGUGUGGGAACAAAAAAGAAAACUAAAAUACUCUGCAAGGCAGGAAACAGAUCACAGCCAUCUCUGUUGCCAGGUGAAAACGCAUGUCAAAAUCUGUCAGUGACACCAUGUAUGAAUUUAUGACAAGCUGCUAUAGCAAGCUGAAAGCCCCUUGAGGCAACAGAAAACAGGGCAAAACAAACUUCCAACAAAAGAAUGUGUUUCUCUUCCAUUCCAGAAGUCAACAUGCAGUCUGAAUCUAACAUUACAGUUCGAGAUGCCAUUGAUGACAUCAACACCAAUAUGUACCAGCCACUGUCUUAUCCAUUAAGCUUUCAAGUUUCUCUCACUGGAUUUCUGAUGUUAGAGAUAGUAUUGGGACUUGGCAGCAACCUCACAGUAUUGGUACUUUACUGCAUGAAAUCCAACUUAAUCAACUCUGUCAGUAACAUUAUUACUAUGAACCUUCACGUUCUUGAUGUAAUCAUUUGUGUGGGAUGUAUUCCUCUAACUAUAGUUAUUCUUUUGCUUUCACUCGAGAAUAACUCUGCACUUAUCUGCUGCUUCCAUGAGGCCUGUGUGUCCUUCGCAAGCGUUUCCACUGCAAUCAAUGUCUUUGCCAUUACUCUGGAUAGAUAUGAUAUCUCUGUGAAACCUGCUAAUCGUAUUUUGACAAUGGGAAGGGCUGUAAUCCUCAUGACAUCAAUAUGGAUUGUCUCUUUUUUCUCAUUUUUGAUUCCAUUUAUUGAAGUAAAUUUCUUCAGUCUUCACAGUGCAAAUACUUGGGAAAAUAAGACACUCCUGUGUGUCAGUGCAAAUGAAUACCACACAGAACUAGGCAUGUACUACCACCUCUUAGUACAAAUCCCAAUCUUUUUCUUCACCGUUAUAGUAAUGCUAAUUACAUACAGCAAAAUCCUCCAGGCCCUUAAUAUCCGAAUAGGCACAAGAUUUUCCACGGCACAGAAGAAAAAGGCAAGAAAGAAAAAGACAAUUUCAUUAUCCACACAACAUGAAACUACUGAGGUAUCACAAAGCAGUGGAGGGAGAAAUGUUGUCUUUGGUGUAAGAACUUCAGUUUCAGUUAUAAUUGCUCUGCGGCGGGCUGUAAAACGACAUCGUGAACGACGGGAAAGACAGAAGAGAGUCUUCAGAAUGUCACUGUUGAUCAUUUCAACUUUUCUUCUCUGUUGGACACCAAUUACAGUUUUAAAUACUACCAUUUUAUGUUUGGGCCCAAGUGACCUUUUGGUAAAGUUGAGGUUAUGUUUUCUAGUCAUGGCAUAUGGAACCACCAUAUUUCACCCUCUAUUAUAUGCAUUUACUAGACAGAAAUUUCAAAAAGUUCUGAAAAGUAAAAUGAAAAAACGUGUUGUUUCCAUAGUUGAAGCUGACCCUAUUCCAAACAAUGCUGUAAUACACAAUUCGUGGAUAGAGCCUAAAAGAAACAAGACAAUUACAUUUGAAGACAAUGAAGUAAGACAGAAAUGUUUAGUACCUCAGGUUGUCACAGACUAGAUUUCAGUAUUCACUGUUAAUUUCAGAAGUAUACAAAAAAGAGGAAGUAAAUGUUGCCAAAUAAGUAUAUUUAAAAAGACAAAAAGAAUGGGCUAAAGGCUAAACUGUAAAAUGUUUGAUAUGUGAUAGAUUAGGCCUGUAUAUUCUAUUUCUUCAUUAGUCAACAUGUGUGUUGCAUGGCAGAUUGUUAAGUAAUAUCAUGGGUAUAUUUUGUCAAUAUUCUGUCCUCUAUUACAUACCUAAGUAAACAUUUUCUUUUUUAAAAAGCCUUAAAGUAGUAUACACUUUUUAAAAAAUACAUUGGAGCUGUUGUAAAUGUAUAAACCUUUGUUUUGAAGCUUUCUGACAUAGAAACAGUUUAUGGGAAGUUAUAUGACAUAUAGAGUUUUAAAAUCUUAUUUCCUCUGUCCUGUCAUAAUGGCCAAUUUUCUGUCAAUGGAUUAUUUU